AUGGCGUGCCGCGGGUUCUGCUGCUGCUCGCCCAGCCUGGCCGCCUUCAACGAGGAUAACGCCCGCUUCCUCCUCCUGGCCGUCCUGAUCAUCUUGUACAUGCUGUGCGGGGCUGCCGUCUUCUCCGCCAUCGAGCAGCCCACGGAGCGGGAAGCCCAGGAGAAGUGGCAGGCCCGCUUUGACAACUUCUCCCAGAGGUACAACCUGAGCCCCGGGGAGCUGCGGGACUUCCUGUGGGAGUACGAGGUCGCCUACGUGGCCGGCGUCCGGAUGAAUGACAUGCGAUCUCGCUGGGAUUUCCCGGGAGCUUUUUAUUUCGUGGGCACCGUGGUUUCCACGAUAGGAUUUGGCAUGACCACGCCCGCCACCAUUACAGGCAAACUUUUUCUAAUAUUUUAUGGCCUUAUAGGUUGUGCAGGGACCAUCUUGUUCUUCAACUUGUUCCUGGAGCGCUUGAUCACGAUCAUAGCAUAUGUCAUGAAGUCCUGCCAUGAGAGACAACUAAGGAGAAAGGGGGCCCUUCCACAAGACAUCCGACAAGCCUCGGGAAAUGCUGAAGUGGACAGCUUAGCAGGAUGGAAGCCAUCUGUGUAUUACGUCAUGCUUAUCUUGUGCCUAGCAUCACUCAUCAUUUCCUGUUGUGCCUCCGCUAUGUACACUCCAAUAGAAGGGUGGAGUUAUUUCGAUUCACUUUAUUUUUGCUUUGUGGCCUUCAGCACUAUUGGUUUUGGGGACCUGGUCAGCAGCCAGAAUGCCCAGUAUGAGAACCAUGGCCUUUACCGAUUUGGCAAUUUUAUCUUCAUACUCAUGGGGGUAUGUUGUAUCUAUUCCUUAUUUAAUGUGAUCUCUAUUGUAAUCAAACAGUCCAUAAACUGGAUAUUAAAGAAACUGGAAUGCACAUGUCAGAAAUGCCAAAGGAAACUCUUCCGGUCACGGAGGAAUGUCGUCGUGCCGGGGGUUGCCCGGAGCCAACGCAACAUAUCCAUCGAGUCAGAUGGCGUCAUUGAGAGCGACACAGAUGGGCGCAGAAUGUCCGGUGAAAUGAUUUCCAUGAAAGAUCUCUUAGCCUCUAACAAGGUGUCAUUGGCCAUCAUGCAGAAACAAUUGUCUGACAGUGCCAAUGGCUUUCCAAGACAAAUGAGCAUUGUUUCUAGACAAAAUGGCUUCGCUGGUGGUGUGGGAGCUUUGGGGAUUAUGAAUAACAGGCUGGCAGAGACAAGUACAGAGAGGUAAACAGCAACACUGUGUGUACAUCAGCAAGUAAAGGAUAAGUAGGAAGCAAAUGUCUAUAGGGCCAGAACUAACUGAACCAAACUCCUUUUGAAGGACAUAUCCCUAGCACUUUACUGCCAGUUAAUACUUGCUGUAUUUUGCACUACACCACCUGUCUUCACUGGUCCUACACGCCUCUGAGAAAGAAGAUUCCCAUGGCAUCAUGUUGUGUAACCGCACUUUCAAGCUUUUGCAACAUAUAUUUAAGUUCAAAUCCAAGUUAGGAGCAGAGAAUAGAGUGGAGAAAAACCAAGAAGAAGCUGUUGUCACUACACUGACUGCCCACUCCUAUCAGCUGCUGCAACUUAUCCACUUCAGCAUAAAAGGUACAAGUGCUGGCAUGGUGGAGGAAUUUGCCUCUUUGUGCCAGUGCUGGGCCUCCCUGAGCAUUCUGCAGCUCUGACAUGGCUGCUGCUAUUGGCUACAUACCCAACUCCCUUAGCCAUCAUCUUUUCAGCCUAUGAACCCUGAAAUAUUGGUAUAGGAGUAAGGGGUUUUGUAAGGCAAGCUAGAUGCCUCUGCCCAGCAACCAAGUCCACUUUGGCACAUUAGAGAGUGCAGGGCAACCACUGUUUGCUGUGCAUCAACAAUCAGACAUAGGACCUGUUUUAUUAAAUAUUUCUAUUAAUAAAAAGAAGACAGGGAGUGUGUUGCUGGAAACUGAAUAUGACAUUGAGUUUAGAAGGCAUCACAGUUAGAAAUUUUAAUUGGAUGACCUCAUGAACUGAAGUAAUAGAAAUGAAGUGGAAUGGAAUGGAAUUCAGCAUUGCAGAAUGUAAA